AUGCCUCGAUGUUGCUCGUCAAACACCGCUCCCUCCGUCUCGAAAUCUGUCUCCGAUCUCAGAGCGCUCAUCCGCCCCUUCUACUCCGUCUCCGACUUUGUCCCCGAAACAGCCAUCUACUCCUCCUCCUCCCUCGGCCUCGACUUUCCCUAUCCCCAUCGCAUCAAUUCAAUCGAUCCCAAUGAUACGAAUGCUGCAUAUUGGAGCGAAGAAGACUACUCAGAAGAUGAGCCCGAGGAAGGUGACGACGAGGAUAUCAGGGAUGAACCCAAGACGGAUGAUGACGGCGAUGAGCCCACGACCGAUGCGCCGGAAGAUGAGCCUGGAACGGACGGUCCAGAAGAGGAGCCCAGAGAGGCUCAGGCCGGCCAAGAUGUAGCAUUCCAGCGCCGGCCCUCUGAUGCUCGAAACGACCCACCCGAGAUGCAACGAACUCGUUUCAGGUGA